GUCCAGUGGAGGACAUAGUCAUCACUACGGUGUACUGAAGUUCUGUCGUUGCAUCAUUUCAGGCGCUGAGGAGAAUACUAUUAAUUCACACCUUUGUGUCAACGACAAAGCCCCAGGAUGUGUGGUAUAUGGGCCUUGUUUGGCAGUGACGAGUGCCUGUCGGUUCAGUGCACCAGCGCUAUGAAGAUUGCCCACCGAGGCCCUGACGCCUUUCGCUUUGAGAAUGUCAACGGCUUCACAAACUGUUGUUUCGGCUUCCAUCGCCUGGCUAUUGUAGACCAGCUGUAUGGCAUGCAGCCCAUCCGCAUCAAGAAGUUCCCCUAUCUCUGGCUUGUCUACAACGGAGAAAUCUACAACCACCAUACGCUGAAGGAGCGGUUUGAGUUUACUGACUACCAGACCAAAGUAGAUGGUGAGAUCCUGCUUCACCUGUAUGAGCGCUUCGGCAUUCAGAAGAUGGCGUCCCUAUUGGAUGGAGUGUUCGCCUUCGUCCUCCUGGACACAGCCAAUAGGAAGGUUUUCCUGGGGAGGGAUACGUAUGGCGUGCGGCCCUUGUUCAAACUACUGACUGACGACGGCUUCCUGGCUGUGUGCUCUGAGGCAAAAGGUCUGACUGAUAUCACCCACUCAAUGUCCUCACCUCCUAAGAUCACUCCAUUCCUCCCAGGACACUUUGAGGUGUUUGACCUGAAGCCCACAGGGAAGGUAGGGUCUAUUCAGAUGGACCGCUUCCACUGCUGCACCCAGGAGCCCAACCACGCUGCCUAUGACACAGUAGAGAGGCUCCCCUCAGGUUUUGUCCCAGAAACAGUGAAGAGCAACAUCCGGUCUUUGUUUGACAACGCUGUCCGGAAACGCCUCAUGGCCCACAGGAGGAUCGGCUGUCUUCUCUCAGGUGGUUUGGACUCUAGUCUGGUGGCAGCUACGCUGGUUAAACUGGCCAAAGAGGAAAAGUUGAAGUACCCCAUCCAGACCUUCGCUAUCGGGGCUGAAGACAGCCCAGACAUUCUGGCUGCUCGCAAGGUGGCGUCCUACAUCGGCAGUGAGCACCACGAGGUGAACUUCACCCCUGAGGAGGGUCUCAAAGCCGUGGAGGAGGUCAUCUUUCACCUGGAGACCUAUGACAUCACCACCAUACGCGCCUCUGUCGGCAUGUACCUAGUGUCAAAGUACAUCCGUGAGAAGACUGACAGCGUGGUGAUCUUCUCUGGGGAAGGCUCUGACGAGCUGACACAAGGAUACAUCUACUUCCACAAGGCUCCCACUCCCAAGGCAGCAGCAGAAGACAGUGUUCGUCUGUUGAAGGAGCUGUACCUGUUUGACGUGCUCAGAGCAGACCGCACCACCUCUGCACACGGUCUAGAGCUGAGAGUGCCUUUCCUGGACCACAGGUUCACAGCGUACUACCUCUCCCUGCCUGAGGAGAUGAGGCAACCUAAGGAUGGAGUGGAGAAGCACCUCCUCAGAGACUCAUUUAAAGGUCUGAACCUGAUCCCAGACGAGAUCCUAUGGCGGCGUAAAGAGGCCUUCAGUGACGGAAUAAUGUCUGUCAAGAAGUCCUGGUACAACAGCCUGCAGGACCAGAUGGAGUCUGAGGUGAACGACUUCCAGCUGGAGAAGUCUCCUAAGACGUUCCCGUUCCUCCCUCCCAGAACCAAAGAGGCGUACUUCUACCGCCAGGUGUUUGAGAAGCUUUACCCGGGCCAGGCUGAGUGGCUCAGCCACUACUGGAUGCCCCGCUGGAUCAAUGCUACAGACCCCUCAGCCAGAACCCUCUCCAUCUACAAGCCUGAAAAGGACCAGUGAUACAGAAACAACAGUGGCUCUUUUCCAGUGUCCUCACUUGCGUAGCACUUAGAGUGAAGCAGUCUAUUGAGCAUGCAUGCAUUCUAAGUGGUAUGAUAGUAUGGAUAUUGGAACGUAGAUUGUGUCAGCUGUCAAUCACUUGUGCCAUUAUUACUACACCUCAUCUUCACACCAUUACUACACCUCCCCUUCACAACAUACCUAUCUGGAAACAGUCUGAUGCUAAAGUUGUGAUUUUUAUGGAAUUUUGGGUAACGAUUAGGCUUACUUUUCAUGCAAAUGGUCACGGUUAUUGUAAUUUUGGUUUAAAAAUGGUUUGACCUUGUAACGCUUCAUAAUGCAUCUAAACCUAAUGAAUAGAACACAGCAUUGGUGACAUCCCUGUUUCAAAAACGAAUGGAUUUGACCUCUUGGAACUUUUGGAAAUGAAACUUCUCCCAACCGUGCCGUUCCGCUCAUAAAAUGAUUACCAACUUUUUUCAUGUAAAACUGCUAUUUGGUAAAUUAUUUAUACUUAUAAAGUUGAAUCCCCAUUCUCCUGAAACUUGAAUCCCCCUUUUCCUAAAAUUAAUUUAUUAAGACUAUUUUUUAGUUCACGUUAUUGACCAUAAUUGUCGGUUACACAAUUAUGCGAUAAUUAUGGCAGCUCUAUGGAGGAAUCAUCAAGCUCUAGUACUUAACCAGUGUUAAUUACAGUUACAGGGUCAGUACUGAUUUGGGAAACUGCUGUUUCACUAGGAAUAGUUGAUCAUGUUGGAAGACUGGAAUGAUGCUGUAGGCCAUCUAUCUGGAAUUCAGUAGCACUACUGUAAUGCUUUCAUCGAUUAUAGUACCAUAUGUUGAUUACACAGUACAUAUUAUAUCUAAAUUACAUACAUAUUUUAACAGCUUCAGACAUUGGCUAAACCUUAACCUGAUAUUUAACUGUUCCUAAUGAGUGCUUUUUUCUGUCAUUUACAUUAAGUUAGAUGCGUAUAACCGGUACCGCAAUUGUCCUUUUGCCUCUUACCCAGACAGGGAGUAGACUGUAAUAGGUUCAAUUCCAUGCAAGAAGAUGUCUUGAUUAUGUCACAGGAGACAAUAGAUAGGAUAGCUUUUAGGUAUAGAUCAGUUGCGGUCAGUGCCGUUCUAUUUCAGCAUGUUGGAUGACUGUCAUUCAUAUUCCAUUCAGCCAGUUCAAUGUAACAGCGAUAGGUUCAGACUACUACGUGCUUCUCAUAUUUUCCCUAUUGAGGUGACAGACGGUGACAUUCAAUACCGCCUUGCACUCUCUGUCCUGCAUCUAGCUGAUAUAGGACGUAAUCAUUGGUCCAACAGUUGAAACAGCGCCCCCGCCUAGACUGGAGGGUACACCCUGCAUGGCCUGGGUCUCUCAUAUGGACUGUCACUCAGUGACACUGGCGAUGUCUAACAAUGACACAACUCUGUUUCUCCCCGUUUUGUUCCGUUUGCUCACUUUUUAAGAAACGCGUUUCAACAGAAUCCGCGGAAUGAAUACACCGCUGAUCACGCGUAAACACAGCCACGUUGUAUUUCUUCUCGCAUCUGCGCGCUCUUACCUCUUCCCGUCGCGUGUGGACUUCAAUGCACAACACAUCAGCUGUAUGUGAUCAGGCAAAAAAAACAACUUUUCAAGCCAAACCACCACACACAGCCUGCAUCGUUGUCACCAUAUUAGCUAAAGUAACGUCCUCGUCAACAUUGCUAAUAUAACUAAUGCGUUAGUAAACCCACUACAAUCAUGCAGUAACUUUACAGUGUAUAGUCAGUAAGCAGUUACACCGUCAGGCCCCGGGGGCAAUAAUUUAAUAAAACCACAAGCUUACCUUGACUUGGAAGAGUUCCAGUGUUGUGUUAGUCAUAGCCAGCGGGCUAAAAUGGCAUCCUGCUGUUUGGGCGGAGUGUUUCAGUAGGCUAAACUAGCUCGCUGCAUUUACUAGCUAAAAAACGACAAUCUCUCUAUAUACACUUCUCUCUUGCUUCUCCUGCAAAUGGAAGAAAUUAAUUUGUUCAAAACUGUUCAACUAUUUUCUUUCUCUCUCUUUGAGUCAACUACGCACCACAUGCACUGCAGUGCUAGCUAGUUAUAGCUUAUGCUUUCAGUACUAGAUUAAUUAUCUGAUCCUUUGAUUGGGUGGACAACAUGUCAUUUUGUAUUUGUAUUGAUUAUGGAUCCACAUUGCUGCAAGAGCUCUGAUAGGUAGGAGGACAUCCUCCAGAGGUUGUUAUAAUUACUGUGUAAGUCUAUGGAAGGGGUUGAGAACCAUGAGCCUCCGAGGUUUUGUUUUGAAGUCGAUGUACCCAGAGGAGGACUGAAGCUAGCUGUCCUCCUGCUACACCUUGGUGCUACCCUACAGAGUGCUGCUGAGUCUACUGUAGACCUUUGCAAAAUAGUGUUUUAAUCAUUUAUUUGGUGACGUGAUUAUAUUUAUUAUAGUAUUGUUUCAUCUAAAAAAGAAUUACUUUAAAAAGUUUUACUUAAAAAAAAUGAAAUUCACUGAGGAUGGUUCUCCCCUUCCACCUCUGAGGAGCCUCCACUGGUAUAGAUGGUAUAGACAUUCUCCUGUUCUUUACCCAACCUGAUGAAGAGAAGUAUCCCAAUUCAACUCAUGUCUUUUAAACAUUUUAAAUGUCAGAACAGAAUUAUGAUGAAACUUUGUAAUGCUUUGAUGCCUUGAUCAAUCCCCAAGGUUAUCUUUCUUUGAACAUUUCUUAUUGAAAAGGAUAAUCGCUCACCAUUAAAAAAGUAGUAUUUUAUUGAAGCAACUAUAAAAGCUUGACUAUCGGGCCAUAAUCAUAACAACAUGUUUUCACCCCCCCUUUUUUUGUUGCUAUAAUUAUUAUCCUAAUCAGAGCAAAGACCAUGACAUGGUGUAAUAGUGACUAUAAACCAUAAUAAAGUGUGUGUGUG